UGUAUUUCUCUUUCGCCUUUAGUAAAGUUCCUAAAUUCUUGCAAGAUUUUUCGGUAUAAAAAUGGCCUUGCAUUAUUACUUUUGCUGCAUUCCAAAAGAAGAAAACAACAUGAUGGAGCUUCAAACUAGGGUUUCAUUCCUAGUUUUCUUCUUGGCCUCCACCAGCACCCUUCAUUUCUCCAUGGCCAGCCGAAGCACUCAUCAAGAGUUCGUCGACGCACACAACAAAGUCCGGCAGCCGUUAGGCCUGCCUCCGGUAAGUUGGUCAUUCAGGGUGAUGUUAUACGCAAAAGCAUAUGCUGAGAAACUUAGGGCACAAAACUGCCCGAUGAAACAUUCAACCGGACCCUUCGGCGAGAACCUUGCGAAAGCAUCGUGGAAUAUGAACGCGACAGAGGCGGUGAAUAUGUGGGCUAAGGAGGUCAAAGAUUACAACUACGGCGCCAACUCGUGCACGCCGGGAGCCAUGUGCGGCCAUUAUACCCAGCUUGUGUGGAAGGAUUCCGUCAACAUUGGUUGUGCAAAAAUCAAAUGUCCCGACGGCUUUACUUUCGUGACUUGCAACUAUGAUCCCCCGGGCAACUACGUCGGGGAAAAGCCUUACUGAAUUUGAAUUUUUUAAUUUCAAAGAAAGAAAAAUCAAUUCAGGGAUGCAAUUUCUUAGCUAGAGUUCAUGUUGUAUAAUGUUAGGUAAACAGUUUUUAUUUGCAUCGUUGCGUGGUUUUGUUUGUCUUAGUAAAAUUUGGGUAUCAAACAAAGCCAUGAAGAAGCUGUAAACCCAGCAUUAUAAGCUGCCUUGUUGAAUAAAUAAAUUGGUGUUUUUUCUCUUCA